AGUGUUUCGCAUUUAAACAAACACGGUCCUGCUGAAGAUGGCGGAGAGUUUGUAGAGGCGUAAAAAAGAAACUGCUCUACUCAAUGAAAGCAUCGAAGCCGGUGCUGAUAUGCGCUGAAGAUGAGUGGCGUAGGAGACAACUUGUUGGAGCCGCUGUGCGCCGACCGCAAGCGUAAACUGUCCACCUGCGACACACCGGGCUUAGGGUGUGACAAGCGUCGGAGGGAACAGGAGAGCAAGUACAUCGAGGAGCUGGCCGAGCUCAUCUCUGCGAACCUCUCCAACAUCGACAGCUUCAACGUCAAGCCGGACAAAUGUGCCAUCCUCAAGGAGACCGUGAGGCAGAUCAGACAGAUCAAAGAGCAAGGAAAGAGCUCUUGCAGUGAUGACGAUGUCCAGAAGGCGGACGUGUCUUCCACUGGUCAAGGGGUCAUUGACAAGGACCAUCUGGGGCCGCUGCUCCUACAGGCCUUGGAUGGCUUUCUGUUUGUGGUUAACCGAGAGGGCAACAUCGUGUUUGUGUCGGACAACGUGACGCAGUACCUGCAGUACAAGCAGGAGGAGCUGAUCAACACCAGCGUGUACAACAUCAUCCACGACGAGGACAGGGAGGAGUUUCACAAGAAUCUACCCAAGUCUAAUGCACCAAAUGGGGCAUCGUGGGGUGGAGAGGCACCCCGGCAGAAGAGCCACACCUUCAACUGUCGAAUGCUGGUGAACUUUGUUCACGGUCAGAGUCAUGGGUUGUCGGAAGAGAGGCCCGGGGGCCAGCGCUAUGAGACCAUGCAGUGUUUUGCCCUCACUCAGCCCCGGGCCAUGAUGGAGGAGGGAGAAGAUUUGCAGUCAUGUAUGAUCUGUGUGGCACGGCGCAUCAUUGCAGUAGAGAGGACGGAGAGGUUUAGCACACGCCAUGAACUGUCUGGUAAGCUGAUUGAAAUCGAGCAGCAAACCUCUCUCAGCACCACGAUGCGUCCAGGCUGGGAGGACCUGGUGAGGCGCUGCAUGCAGAUGUUCCUCCAUCGAAGCGAGGGACAACCGUGGUCCUACAAACGACACUAUCAAGAUGCUUUCCAUACAGGCCAUGCGGAGACCCCACUCUACCGUUUCUCACUCUGUGAUGGUACUCCAGUCACCGCCCAGACCAGAAGCGACCUCUGCAGAAAUCCCAGCACCAAUGAACCGCACUCUUUCCUCUCCACACACUUGCUACAAAGGGAGCAGAAUAGUUAUCGUGGAAACCAGGGUGGAGGCAUGAGGCCUCAAAACAUAGGUGUGAACAACCCCAACCAACCCAUGAACAUGGGCCCAGGAGGGGGCAUGGGCAUGAACAGGGGCUACAGCAUGGCUGAGCAGGGCAACAUGCCACAAAGAGGAGUGCCUCCGUACACCGGGGGCAACCGCAUGAAUCCCAUGCAUCAGAUGAAUCAAAUGAACUCCAUGCAUCAGGUGAACAACAUGGGUCAAAUGAAUCAGAUGAAUCAAAUGAGUUCCAUGCAUCCAAUGAGCUCUCCCAUGAACCAAAUGGGGCCCAUGAAUCAGAUGGGCCACAAUGGCAUGCAUCAGCAUCAGCAUCAGCAGCAGCAGCAGCAGCAGCAUCAGCAUCAGCAGCAGCAGCAGCAUCAGCAUCAGCAUCAGCAGCAGCAGCACCAACAUCAGCAGAUGGGUCAGUUCCAUGGAGGUGGACCUGGAGGUGGAGGGUACGGGAUGGGAAUGACCAGUCCCCCCCAGGCCAGUCCGGGUAUUAAUGGCCCCCCACACAACGUCAUGGGUUCACCCAGAGUCCGAGGAAGCCCCAAGAUGGGUGCCAGCCCCUUCUCUCCCGGAGGUAUGAACUCUCCCAUGAGCUCCAGUCACCCUGGUAACUCUGGAGGAGGGACCACCUUCUCCAGCAGCUCCUUGAAUGCCCUCCAAGCCAUUAGUGAGGGAGUGGGCAAUCCGAUGCCCUCCCCCCUCACCUCUCCUCCCCCUCACAAGCCUGACAGCUCCCCGAGCAUCAACUCCACCAACCAUGCAGCAGGGGGACCCUGCAAACCAAGCCUCCCAGCCUACUCCGACUCCAAGAGCCCGGGCAGCUCACUGGGAGCUGGAGGAGAGCAGCAGUCUCAGCAGAAUCCACACACCCCCACCAGCGAGGGCCCACCUGACAAGCCAGACAGCCAGGCCAGCAGAGAGGCGGGACCGACCGGGGGAGAAUCCAACCGACGGGUCCCUGAUAUCAAGUGCCACAAGAAGCUUCUGCAGCUCCUCAUCACCCCUACAGAUGAGCUGGUGCCGCCUAAUCACACGCCAGGGUCCGGGCCCGGCUCCACGCCCGAGGCUAAAGACGGAACCGCCGGGGUCACCAGCCCCUCCUCCUCAACGGGAGUGUCCUCCUCUACGGGUGGGCAACCCGGCGCAGUGUCUUCCUCUGGCGCCGCAGGACAUUUAACAAGCCAGUCACUGCAGGAGAAGCACAAGAUCCUACACAAGCUUCUGCAGAACGGGAACACUCCCGACGAGGUGGCUCGCAUCACAGCCGAGGCCACCGGGAAGAGCAGCCUGGAGUCGGGGGCACCGGAGCCUGGGCCUGCAGCCGCUGGAGGGGUCAGGGGAUCCGAAUCAAAGCAGGAGCAGCACAGCCCCAAGAAGGAGAAGCCCCACGCCCUCCUUCACUACCUCCUCAAUAAGGACGACUCCAAGGAAAGUGGUGAUGUCAAGCCAAAGCAGGAGGAGCUGGAGGGGAGAGGAGCUCAGGGGUCAGGGGUCACCAGCUCUGACCCCCACUGCUUGGAUGGGAAGGUCAAGUUGGAGCCGUCAGAUGAGGCGGAAACCCUGGAGACCAUUCUGGGUGUCCCGAGGAACAACCCUGGCUUCUACCCAGAACCAGACUCCAGAGCAGGGAAGGAAGCGGGAAACAAACAGGGAAACGUGCCCGACAGUUUACAUGAUGGGGAGAGAGGCCCCAUGCCUCCAGCUCAGCGCAGUGCCUAUCAAAGAGCCUUGUCCAUGGACGCCAAGCCCAUGGCUGGAGAGGGAGCAGUAGUCGUAGUAGGAGGAGGAGGCCUGGCCGGGAGACGGAAUGUCCCCUGUCCCACUUUGGUCAAACAAGAGAAGAUCGAUGCUCCAAUUCGACCUGGGCCCGUUCCCAAUGGCUUUCCAGGGGGCAUGGGUGUGUGUCCACCACGGGGCAACCCAACAAGAGGUAUGGGCAGAGGAAUGGUAAUGCCUCAGCGGCCUCCCAUGUCGGGGCCAGGGGACUGGGGGAUGCCGAGGUCCAGCGGCAGCCCCGUGGCCGGACCAGGCCACCCUGGCAUGGGUCGCUCUGGUCCAAUGGGAGGACCCAUGAUCAACCGGUCCAACAGUGUACCCGGGAAAACCAGGUCUAUGCUGCAGCAGCAGCUCAUGGAUAUGGGUACCAAUGAAGCCAAUAUGGGCAUGAGCCCGUUUGGUGGACAUGGGCCCCCACCUCAGUCCCCGUCCUGGCCAGACUCUGCAAUGGGACUGGACAGGCCAAAGACUAAAACAAACAGGGACCAGUUUGGGCACCCCCUGGAGGAGCUACUGGGGCCCCGGAUCAACAGCGAGGGCCCGAGUGAUGAACGGGCACUUCUUGACCAGCUGGACUCUCUGCUCAAUACCACUGAUGUCAUUGCUCUGCAGGAGAUAGACCGAGCCCUAGGCAUCCCUGACAUAGUAGGCCAGAACCAUAGACCUGAAGGCCACCAGCAGGGCCCGGAUCGAGGCCAGGGUCGGGGCCCACCAUCAGAGCCUUUCCCGGGGCCAGGCUCCUCCUUAGGCAUGGACCAAAAACCCAUGUAUACCCAAGGUUACUCCGGGCCCCCAGGGCCCUCCUCUAUGGGCAUGCAGCCGGGUUAUGGUGGCAACACGAUGCAAGGCCAGUCUCCUGGAGGCUUCAACCCCAUGAUGAAUCAAGUGGGCCAGACGGGGGGCUUCCCUGGCAUGACGGGUAUGGGCAACCCCCGCGCAAACAUGAUGCGACCUCGCAUGAUUACUGCCACCAAGCCACUCCGACUGCAACUGCAGCAGAGACUGCAAGGACAACAGUUUAUGAACCAGACCCGACAAGUCUUGAAGUUGGAACAGGCCCCCGGAGGAAGCCCUGCAAUGCAUUCAGGCAUGCAGCCUGGCAUGCAGCCCGGCAUGCAGCCCGGCAUGCACCCCGGCAUGCAGCCCGGCAUGCAAGCCGGCAUGCAGCCUGCAAGCAUGGCUGGUCAGCCCGGUCUCCUGAACGCCCAGAUGAUGGCUCAGCGCAGCAGGGAGAUGAUGACCAUGCAGAUGAGAAGGCAGCGGAUGAUGAUGCUGAUGCAGCAGCAGCAGCAGCAGCAACAGCAGCAGCAGCAGCAGGGGCAGGGCCAGGUAGCAGCGAGAGGCUUCAGCCCUCCAAACGUCACAGCACCCGGAGGCAUGGACGGCUCCAUCGGAAGCCCCCCCAUGAACCAGCCUGGACAGCAGGGCUAUAACUAUGGAGCUAACUAUGGGAUGAACCAGCAGGGGGACCCAUCCUUCAUGGCUCCAGGAAGCAGCCCGCCAGCAAACAUGAUGCAAGGACGAAUGGGAGGUCCUCCACAGACCGCCAUGAUGCCAGGGAUGCACGGCAAUCCACAGGGAGGGCCAAUGUACCAGUCAGGAGACAUGAAAGGCUGGCCACAGGGCGGCAUGCCACGCAGCAGCACGUACCCCCAGCAACAGUUCACCCAGCAGAGCAACCAGGGUCAGUUUGGACCCAUGAUGAUGAACAACUCCAUGGGUGGACCCGGGCCAGUCAGCGGGGCACCCGGUGCGGGUCAGAUGGGCCAGAGGCAGGGCCAGAGGCAGGGCCAGAUGCAAGGCCAGAUGCAAGGCCAGAUGCAAGGCCAAUUAGGCAUGAACCCCAUGGGAAUAGGCAGAAUGCCAAUGGGGCCUGAUCAGAAGUAUUGCUGAAGACCUGUGGCUGAUGAGAGAAUCUGGAGCCUUUCAGCUGUGGCGGAGCGGUCUGAGCCCUGAGAAGAGCUGGACCUACACACACAUACACACAUACACACACAAACACACGUAGUAGGAGUUCUCCAGCAUAAAACAUGACGCAGGAGACUGUGCACAACUUACUGCUCCUCCUGGAAGAAGCGGGCUACAGGGACAACCGACGCCUCACAUACUUUACCCCUGUUAAGGUGAUGCACAAAACCCCAAAAUGUCAGCGUGUGUGGGUGAGCGUAAACGACCUGGAGCUGUCGGGCAGUAGUCAACAUCACGGCCGGGCUGCAGAACGUGACUAUGGUACAACAAGCUGUGGCUGCACUUUACCUGGAAGCUUCUGUGUGGAACAAUGAUUGAUGCAAUAUUUCUUCAUCAUUACAGCCUUACUAGAGAUUCAAUGCCUUCACAACGAUGGGUUUCUUUUCUUCUUCGUUUUCCUUUGGAAUGCGCCUCAUUCUUGAAGUCGUCGGAAGCUAUAAGCACAGUUAACUAUGUUAUGCAGAUCGGAGCAAUAACUCUCGCCUCUAUGCUUUAGACUGUAACUGAGCAUCAUGACACCUGUUAUAAGCAAACAAAUGGUACUGCAGUAUUAGAUGUCUCAAAUGUCCUCUGUGAAUAUGAAUUGUAAAUAUUCUACAAAAUAUAUCAAACAUGCUUUUUAAAGGCCCAUUAUUGCACAAAGUAUGAGACCUGGUUGUAUUUUUGUGUCCCAUAGGUCAAUACUGAUUUGGUUGAUUUUUUUUUUUUGAUGCUCCUUGCAAAUAUUGCAGGCGUGUUCGGGGUUUCCUUCCUUCGUUUUGUCAUUUUUCUGAAUGCUGUAUUUUAAAAGUUUUCCGAAAAGUCAUGUUAUUCCAUGUUUUGAGCGAGGCACUUUCACUUGUGGCGAGUAUCUGAUGAGUUGAAGGUUUCGAGCUUUCACGCUGUCGGGAGGUUUUAUCGGAAAGUGGCGCGGAAGUGAAUUCUGCCGGGACGGUCGAUUACAUGACAUGAUAUGAUUUUUUUGUUGGGCUCUGUGUGAUGUGAGCUGUGUGGGGUUUUUUUUUGUCUGCAGUACGGUGAAGACGGGAACACAAACUCCUCAGUGUACCAACAAGCCUGGUCCUUGCAAUGGUCCCCCCCCAGCUCUGUCUGUCGAGUGUAUUUUUAUUCACACCGUUUUCUUUUGACUGUUGUUCUAGACUCGCUGAAUCUACCUUCUCAACACGCGCAAUCCAAAGAUAUUUUUCCACAUCUCUGUAUAGUUUCUGGUGUACAUUUUUAACGACAUGUGUUGUAGUAGUCUGAUGGUGAAUGGGUACAAAUCACAGAUCUGUAAAAGCAUUUGAUGGUUGUGUACUGCAAGCAUAAGGAGCAUGGGGCUGAGGCUAUCGGUGCAAAGAGGACUGGAAACUCAACCCCGCAGCACAACGUUUUUACAUCCAGAAAAAAAAAAAGAAAAAACAACACGGCAUGUUUUGCUGUGAAAGAGAAAUACCAAUGGAAUGAAAUCCACUUCAAGACAUAUCAAUAUCUCUUCUAUCUAUCAGGAAGCAACUUUUAUGUCCAUCUUUUGUUACUUCAUGAAAAAAGGAACUUUGUAGAGUUUGAAUGAAGUGCAAAAAGAGAUCAUUUGGUUUGUUUUUCUUUGUUUGGAGGUAAAAUAAGCUGUCAUUUUACAGGAUGUAUAUUACAGAUUUUUUCUGUUGUUGAUAUUGAUGUAAAUACAAAUUUCUAUUUAAACACCCUGGACUCCUGGCUCUCUGAUUGUCUUCUGAUUCUUGACUGCAGUUUACCCAGCCUGACUCUAGCAACAGUAAAUAUCAGCCAGUUUAUUACGUUGACAACAGAAUCGCUGAUUAAACAAAGCUGUCGGGUGAAGAUGCUCAUGAAGGCCCAAAUACUGUGAUGCACUGACCUACAAACACAGACAGCGGAGGAAGCGUAUUCAG